UGUGGAACAAGUUGGGCGCGACGCUAGCGAACAGCAACCGCUCAGCUGAGGCGGUCCCAGCCUACCAGCGCGCCCUUCAGCUGUCGCCUGGCUUCAUCAGGUGCAGAUACAACCUGGGCAUCGCCUGCAUCAACCUCAAGUGCCACAGGCAAGUGCCUGCAUCAGCCGCUGAACAUUUUCUGUCGGCGCUGAACCUGCAGGCCGCGGGUCGGGGUCUGGAGGAGAAGUUCUCCCGUACUGCCGUGUCCGACAACCUCUGGUCUAUCCUCAGGGUCUGCCUGCCGCCUCUAGACCUCACCCGCCUGCUGCCAGCUCUCAAUAACAGGGACUUGGCUGCCCUUAAUGCCGCCUUCAAGGACCUGCCGUCAGGUCCACCACCAAGUUAA